UUAUAAAUCGCGUGUUAGCUACUAUUCGAAAAACGUAGAUAAUAAUUGGAUAGCGGUAUUAUCAAGAAAAUCAGAAAUUAUUUCGAAUCCUACAUAUCGUCGCGUCGAUACGAAACUGUCCCGCCAUUUCAGUGGUGCUCAGUCAGCAUUAUGAAACUGAUAGCGAUGAUUGUUGACUGGACGUGGACGAACCAGUGUAUCGCAGCAGGUGCAUCACACGGGAAAAAGUGCAUCGACUCCGAAAACUUACGUGUCGAGGAUGGUAAUGGUAACCGAAGUUGUAAUAUUCCCGAUACACAACGAGAAAUAAAAUGGAUCCAAGGGGCCCUCCUCAGGGGGCCCCUGCUAACUCCUUUGAGAUUCUAAACAUUGAUAAAGUAUCUGAGACUUCUGUAAAUUGGCCCACCUACCAUUUGCUUCCUUCAUCAAUGUGUGAACAGCCAAAAAAAAUGAGUAAUAAGUUGUUGUUCUUAACUGUGGAGUACGUGGAAGAUCAGUCACGAGAAUAUUCUCGUCUAUUUCCAAUGUAUGAACAGGUUUCCUUUUCCUCUAGAGCAUCUUCUCCACUUUCUGAUUUCGAACAUCGUGUUAGUCCUCUUGACCCAAAUAUGAGUUCUGCAGCUAGGUAUUCGCCUACUCCGGUACAACUUCCAUCAUCUCCUUUCCAUAAUUCUGUUGUUGUUCUACAAGGUCCCUCUUCUCCUUUAAUAACUCCACCAGAGCCAAAUGAAAGGGCAAAUGUUAACUAUGUCUCGCAUGUGACCCAUCCGAUCACUACACAGAAUGUACAGCAGACAGAUAAUUCUGCUGACUUUGUUGCCAAUGAAAAUGCAGAACAAUUGGUUUCCAGCGUUGGUAGCGAAUUGAUUUUGAUGCAAGAAACUAAUUCUGGAUUAGAAUCGUCGGCUGCCCCGCUGAUGCUAACAGGAAUGCCAAGUACAGACUUUGCAUUGAGUAGAGAUUUUCUUGUUAUGCAAGACGACCAAAUAAAUGUCAUGAAUACUUUUAAAAGUCAAAAUCUCGAUGCGGACGAGUCUAUGCUUUCAUCGACCCCAGAAAAUUCUAACAAAGAGAAUAACACAAAUUGCUUAAUGGAGUUGAAAGAGGAGCAAGAAAUCGAUGAAAUUUUAAUGCAUGCUGAAGAAAAGAAUGAUAGUGAAAAACAGAAUGUUAGAAGGUCUAAGCGCCGUAUAAAUGACAAAAAAAAUUCUUGUUGCGACGAAUGCGAUGAUAUCUGUAUCGGGGAUAGUUGCACUUCGCAUAAUGUAUGUACAAUAGCAGAUCAGCCUGUACCGUCUCGUGCUAUAGCAACGCUGCCAGGAUCGUAUCUUUCGAUAAACAAAUUGUCUAACUUUGAAAUUGCAUCGAGUGGAAUGGAGUAUGGAGUAUUUGCAAAACGUUAUAUACAGAAACGUACUCGAUUCGGUCCUAUAGAAGGUAUCUUAUAUCCUUACGACGGUAUGUCAUUUAAAAACCAAUUGCCGUUGCUUUAUGAAACCGAAGAUGAAGAACUUUUGAAAGUAGAUGUCUCAAAUGAAAAUGCUUCGAAUUGGAUGCGUUUUGUCAGACCUGCGUUAACAUAUAAAGAACAAAAUUUAGUAAUUUGUCAACAACGCGAUGGAAUAGUAUUUUUAACUACAAGGAGCAUUUUACCAAAGGAAGAAUUAAAAGCUGGCCCUAGCUCCGAUUAUGCAAUUCGUAGAAACUUAAUUGUGCUUCAGCCUAUGCAAGAAACAAAAGAUGAGAAAGAACUCAAAAAUCAAUUACCCGCUUGGCCACGGCUAGAAGAUAACCAUUCUCGUCGCAUUAAAGUACUUCGUGGUAGAAAUUUAAAAGAAAAAGAAAAUUCAAGACGAAAUAAUUCGAAAGAAUGGAAAUGUUCGGUUUGCUGUUUAAUUUUUCGAAAACCGAUUUUACUCAACCUACACACUCUUACUCAUGGUACCGAUAAAAUAAAAACGAAAACUUACUCGACAGUUUGUCCACAAUGUGGCAUACAAUUUCAAAAACAAAAAGAAUUGAUUAAUCAUGUCUCGCAACACGGAAGAUUAUCUUUAACAAAAGCAAAAAGAUUAACACCUCUGUCAACUUACAAGUGUUCAAUGUGUUACAAACGUUUUGCUACAAAAGUACGACUACAACAGCACUGUUUGGUACAUGGUGCAGAAGAUCAAAAGCCACUGCCAUGCAACAUUUGUUUUAAAAGAUUCAUGAACAAUUCAGCGCUAUCUUGUCAUUUAAAAACUCACAAAGAAAAUAAACAAGUGUUCGAAUGUCCGAUGUGCCGGCAAUUAUUUAGUCAAAGCAUGGCAUUAAAAGAUCAUAUCGAGACUCAUAAGAAAGAAGAUGGUACCUUUAGUUGCCCUUACUGCCAAAGAAUAUUCAUUAAAUAUUCGGUGAUUCGUAAGCAUAUUAGAUCGCACCACUGCGAAAGAAAACACAAAUGUCAAGUUUGUGCAAAACGAUUUGCUACAGUCGACAAAUUACAAAUGCAUUUGUUGAAACACUCUGAUCAUAGGCAAUUUCAUUGCGCGAAUUGUGGGAAACAGUUUAAGAGAAAAGAUAAAUUGAAGGAACACAUAACGAAGCUACAUAAUUCACAAACGGCUACCGAAGAACAAAUGUCGCGAGUCACGCAAACGAAAAAAUUUGUUCCAAAGGUAAAUCCUAAUGACUACAAUCGGUUCGUUUACAAAUGUCAUCAAUGUCUGGUAGGGUUUAAACGAAGGGGAAUGCUUGUUAAUCAUUUAGCAAAACGUCAUCCUGAUGUUGCACCGGAAUCUGUGCCAGAAUUAAAUUUACCAAUUUUGCGCCAGACGAGAGAUUAUUACUGUCAAUAUUGUGACAAGGUGUACAAAAGUAGCAGCAAACGUAAAGCACAUAUAAUGAAAAAUCACCCGGGCGCUGCUUUGCCACCGAGUAAUAGACAAAAAGAGUCUGUAUACUCUGAUUUACCAAAUCCAACAUUUAGUCAAACAGUUGGUAGUAUUACAACGAUACCUCAAGGUUGUCAGUGGUGUCACAAACAAUACGCCAGCAAGGCAAAACUCUUACAACAUCAACGCAAGAAACAUUCGAACUUGAUGGAACCCGCUGACCAAGUUCCACGAGCACGUAAUCGGCAGCCUCAAAAUCAGAAUCAGCCUCCCGUACUCAUCGAAGACCACUUCGUGUUAUCCGAUUAUAUCCAAUCGUGCGACACGGAUUCAGAUUUCUUUAAGCCGAAAAUAAUUAAAAUAUCCAGCGACGUUGAUCUCAUAAGUAACGGAUUGGAACUUGUUGGACAACAAUUUGUUCGUAUGCGUGACAUACGUUGAAAAGAUCCGUGGCAACCUGAACGCAAGGUUUUGUCAAUUUACUGAGAUAUGAAUCUCAUGAGUUUGUGCACAGUCAAGUGGAGGAACACUGUGCUUUUUGCUGUCGUUGCCACAUCAGGGCAUCGUUGCGCGUAAAGAGCAAUCGAUGCUUGGCUGAGAAAUAUUUGGAACGCAGCUUUGUUGGCGUCGGUGCGGAACACUCGAUGCUAGUUUGUUGGUUUGUCCGGUUGACAAUGACGUCACGACCGUGAUUCUUGUUGGAAUGGAGUAUACACUAUUUUACGAAAAGUUUGGGUCUAAGAUCAAGCACAAGGACGAAGGUUUAAAUCUAAACACACAAUGAGAAACACAAACAUGGAGAUUUAAGACUAAACACAAUGGGAAACAUGUAGUUAUCGAGAUGUUUGCUCAAGGUAUUACAAGUACGGAGCGCAAGAACGUAGAACAUGUCCUUGUACCAUCGGUACGUCUCUGACAUUAACUCUAGUAGUUUCUUUUGAAAUUUUUGAAAAAGCUUCGAUUCGAUGUCACUCAAUUAUGGAUGUUAGAAUGGUCGAAUUUGAGCGUCAAGUUUAAAGUGAAAUUUAAACUCGGCUUAAAUUUGAAGAACGCGAUUCUACCGAAUCUUAGAUCGGUGUAAUGUCCCCUCUAUAUUGAUACUUGUUUUUUUCUUCUUUUUUUUUUUGGAUAUAGUACUGAUCGUAGUAUCUACAUGUCACGUUUGGCUUUAAUGACAAAAGAAUUGUCCGUAGAUUACACGUCCGAGAUGUUGUAGUCCGUAAAAAAUCGUUCACGUUUUACUCUGUGGUACAUUGCCACGUCCUGUCACAGUUGCUCGCAUCUGCGUUAUCGUUUACAGGAGAGAAUACAACCAUUUUCAGUCGUAGAUUCAUAAUCGAACGGGUUAAUUUUCUCGAGAUCGCUACGAUUACUUUUAAUCGCACAAUUUAGCGUGACAAUUUUACAUUCAUCACACUCACCGAAUUGAAAUAUCUGGUUGAAAUUGAAGGUACUAAAAUAGUUACUUAGGCAACUAAAACUUUUGUCUUUGUAAUUUUACGAUGCAUGUAAAAUCUGUAUUGUCGAGAGGACAAUUUUUUGCGCGAUUUACCAAUUCAUCGAAUUCACGCUAACGCGUAAUAAAUAUAGCAUAAAAGCUAGAAAUCGCCAAUUCCAGAAUGUAACUUGAUAAAUUACAAAUUGGCAGGGACGAUUCGAAGUGAAUUUUACAUGCAUUAAAUACACGUAAUACGAUACGUAUUAUAUUAUGGCAUUGCGAAGACAAAAGAAUGCAUGUUUGUUAAUGUUGUUGAGUACGUGGAGAAUUGUAUUGUAAACAUGACUUAAAUAAAGUUACCCAGUGACUGAUUCA